CUCCCUUCUUCCUCUGCUUCGUUUUGCUUUCCUCCCCAUAGCCAUGGUUGCUUCUGCUCCAUCUCCUCCUCCUCUUCCCAAGGAGCCUACGACUUUAAUGGCUUCUUCUUCUUCUUCAUCUCCACUCUUCAGCCCUGCUUCCCACGAGCGUAUCUGGAGCACCCUCCGUGGCCGCGUCGAUGCACUCAUCGCCGACCGAAACAAUUCAAGAGAAUCCAACAGAGCUAAGCGUUUGAAAGAAGAUUCAUUGCUUUUGCUUAAAGGCUUUGAUUCCAUCUCACAAACCCUGUCUCAGCUAUCUAAUAAUCUCGACAAUGCUCUUCAGGGAGCUAGAGAGCUAGCUAAACCUCCAACAUUGACCGAUAUAUUUCAAAGUAACCUCAAGAAUUCAGAGCCAAAAGAGGAAGACCCGAAGCCAAAAGGACUUGAAGAAGAGAGUAAGAUCGGUGUGAAGAGGAAAUUUGAUCACAGUGAGAGCUCAGAUGAUAAUGAUUCACAGAAGGAUAAUGAGAAAAGCCCUAAAAACAGCAAGCUGAUGAAGAAAGCCAAAAAUCUUGCGAUCUCCAUGGCAACCAAGGCAGCUUCACUCGCCAGAGAGUUGAAGUCCAUAAAGAAUGAUUUAUGUUUCAUGCAAGAGCGUUGCGGUUUGCUGGAGGAAGAGAAUAGGAGGCUCCGUGAUGGGUUCACCAAGGGGAUCCGACCCGAGGAAGAUGAUCUUGUGAGGCUUCAAUUGGAAGCACUGCUUGCAGAGAAAUCAAGACUAGCGAAUGAGAAUGCUAAUCUGGUGAGAGAAAACCAGUGUCUUCACCAGCUCGUCGAGUACCAUCAAAUGACUUCCCAAGAUCUGUCUGCAUCAUAUGAACAAGUGUUAAGAGGAAUGUGCUUGGAUUUUUCAUCUCCCAUUGCAGAAGAGGAAAUCAAUGGAGACGAUGAUGGCGAUAAGAGAGUUACUCGAACUGAUAUACUUGGUUUAUCCACAUCUCUUGAUGAACACUUUGAUGAAGAACAUCAUUAGGAUCUCUCGCAUGAGAAUUAAUCAAUGAUUUUGUUAUUU